CAUGACUGAGGGGGUUGGGACUUUUCGGCAGACGGUUUACUUUUGGAGAUUUACUAGAUUAUUAUUGAUAUUAAACGAUCGUUAUAUUUGACUGUAUUUACCAAAUGCCUUAUUCUAAAUAGUGUAAUCACCAUGACUACGUUUGUGCAAAUUCUAUGCAAGAUCCGAUCUCCAAGACUACCAUUUCUGUCGUCCUUGUCGGAGACAAAGAAUUUGCGGAAAAUACCAUCCGUGCUAUGGCAGUGCGCACAGUUCCGCACUUGUUCGGGUGCGGCAUCGAAAUCUUCAGAAACUCCUUUUGUUCCUUUGGAAGGAGAUAUUGAUACUGGACAUGUAGAUUUCCAAGCUAAUUUUGUACACAAUUACCAGCUGAAUGACCAGCUUCAGGAAAUACUAGGGAUUGUACAAGCUGGAGGUGGAGAAAAGUCACUGAAAAAACACACUGAGGUGAACAAGAAAAUAUUUGUCCGUGACAGAUUAAGAUUGCUUUUGGAUGACUACGACAAUGAAUUCCUUGAAUUAUCUUCUUUAGCUGGAUGGGAUAUGGAGUACGGGAGAAUACCAGCUGCAAGCAACGUUUGUGGUGUUGGGAAAGUGAGGGGUACAUGGUGUACAGUAUCCGCAUCAGAUGCUACCAUCAAGGGUGGAACCAGCUACCCCAUCACAGUGAAGAAACAGCUCAGAAUGCAGGAGAUCUGCCAGCAGAAUUCCCUUCCAGCAAUCUACAUCAUAGACAGCGGUGGAGCUUUUCUUCCAUUACAGUCUGAGAUAUUUCCAGAUAAAAACCAUGGUGGUAGGGUCUUCUAUAAUGAAGCGGUUCUAUCAGCACAAGGCAUAUCACAGUUGGCAAUAGUUUGCGGUUCUUGCACCGCCGGUGGAGCAUAUGUACCGACCAUGGCAGAUGAAGCCAUCAUUAUGCACAAGAUUGGUACCAUCUUCCUGGGCGGACCACCGUUAGUCCAGGCAGCAACGGGUGAGAGGGUGACCUCAGAGGACCUAGGCGGCGCAACAUUACACUGCAGAGUAAGUGGAUGCACUGAUCACUUUGCCGCUACCGAGGAAGAAGGUUUUGCAAUGGGAAGAGACUCUAUCUCAACCCUCAACAUCACCCCACCCUCAGACCCUGCAGAAUGGAAGGAACCACUCUAUAGCCAAGAUGAACUCCUCGGACUCGUUAGCCAGUCAGGCGAGGUCAAAGGUCAAAUGAGAAAGAUCUUAGCACGAUUAGUAGAUGGAAGCAGAUUUCAUGAGUUCAAGAAACUUUAUGGAACUACUCUCAUUUCUGGCUUUGCAUUUGUGAAGGGACAUCUUGUUGGAAUCAUAGCGAAUGAUGGAGAGCUAUCCCAUGAUGCUGCGAUCAAGGGGGCCCACUUCACAGAGCUCUGCCAGCAUCGGAACAUUCCCCUCGUUUUCCUGCAGUCGGUAUCCGAGGAUGAGAGCUGGGCCGAGGGUAACUAUGAGCUGAUUGCAGAGACCCUCAAGGCUAGGGCGAAGAUGGCUGCUGUGGUGGCAUGUAUGACUGUGCCGAAGAUCACAGUCAUUGUAGGGAGAAGCUAUGGUUCAAGCAGCUUUGCCAUGUGCAGUAAUUCAUUUGAUCCUCGUUUUGUAUUCAUGUGGCCUAAUGCAAGAGUAGGACUCCAUAACCCUGAGGAAAUGGCAACACUAGCUGCACAGGAGUCUGGAAAACCUGAAAUGGAAGAAAAACUAAGAGAGAAAUUCCAGAAACAGUCCACUGCCGUCUUCGCUUCGAGCAGAAUGUGGAAUGAUGGGGUCAUUGCUCCACAAGAUACCAGAAAUGUUUUGAGCCAGUGCCUAAGUAUCUUGUCCCAACAAGCCUGCAACGAGCCAUACACCUAUCAAGACAGAGCAGUGCUACGAAUGUGAUCCCUCAAGGAACCGUUGUA